AUUUUGCAGCGAAGACGUCGUCGUCAUCAUCGUUGCCGCUCAGCCUAGACAGACUGCUAACCCAGUGGAUAUAUUUUUAGUUAAACCGGUAAUAGAGAUCGUGAGUGUAAGGAAAAUUUGGAAAAGCCGCGAAAAAUGCGCCUUUUGUUACCUCUGGUGGCUUUGAUUGCCGUCGUUCAAGCGGAUGUUUCACAUUUGGAUACGGAUUUACAAGAGGAUGGAUACCACUAUAAGGAGCCAUCGGUGCCAUUUCCACCGCCGCCUUCUGGCAACGGUAUCGAGGAUUCGGGUCUAAUUCCAGCACCGGCUCCUACAGUGCCGGACGCAGGAUAUGUGCCUCCACAAACUCAGCCUCCCGCACCACCGCGUCCUCGUCCAUCGUAUGGACAACCACCGGCUCAACCCGCUCCGCCACCGCAACCUUCUCCGUCGUAUGGCCAGCCACCAGCUCAGCCUGUGCCACCACCACGUCCUCCUCCAUCCGUUGGGCCACCCCCAAGUCAACCUGCACCACCGCGGCCUUCUCCGUCAUAUGGGCCGCCACCAACUCAGCCUGCACCACCACCACGUCCUCCUCCAUCGGUUGGGCCACCCCCAAGUCAACCUGCACCACCGCCACCACCACCACCGCGUCCUUCUCCGACGUACGGCCAGCCACCGGCUCAGCCACCGCGUCAACCUCAACCACCUGCACCACAGCCUGGCCCAGAGUAUUUGCCACCAGACCAACCUAAGCCACGUCCUCCAAUUCGCCCGCAACCACCAGCCCCUGUACCAACGCAGCCCAGGCCAACGAGCCCAACAUAUAGACCUUCACCACUAGAACCACAAACACCACCACCACGACCAAGUGUUCCACCAGUUGGCGAAUAUUUACCUCCGUCCGGUGACAAUGAAGUGACACCUUCUCAACCGCAACCCACUGCCCCGAUACCAGGAUAUGGACAACCACCAGCACCACCCAGUCCUCCAGGACCAAGCUUCCAGCCAAGGCCACCAACUCCACCCAGCCCUCAAGGACCCACUUACCAGCCACUCCCACCAUCACCACCAUCUCCACCAGAGCCCACUUACCAGCCAUUACCACCGUCGCCACCAGCUCCACCACAGCAAACAUACCAGCCACUCCCACCAUCGCCACCAUCGCCACCAGCCCCACCACAGCCCACUUACCAGCCGUCACCACCUGCACCACCAGCACCGCCCACUCAGGAGUACGGUCAACCACCAUCUAGUCCACCAGAAGCCGGUUCUUUGGGUCCCGAUGGUUAUAAUUACAACAAGCCGAAUACUCCCUUUACCUUCUAAGCAAGGGUCAGUCAUUGAUACUCUAUCUCUAUCACUCUCUUUAUCUCCUAUGCCACCAUAUUAAGUAUUCUAUGUAAAAUCUAGCUUGGAUACCAAUCCCUUCCAUCACACUUUUGUAUAUCGUUAUUUUCAAAUAAAUUGAAAAACAAAAACAAA